UCAGUUUUUUUAUCUGUGGCAAACUUGUUGUGAGUCAAGCGGUCGACGAUCGGUGAAUUUUUUUGAAAUUUAUUCAUUUAUUUCGUUAUUUUAUUGCUAAAUUCAGUUAAUAAAGAAUGUAAAAUGGCCAUAAACUUAGAUAAACACAGGGAUGCGUUGAUCGCCGCGUGGAAAGACGUAUUAGAUGAGAAAACCGAUACGGAUUGGGCUCUUUUCGGCUAUGAUGGGAUGUCAAACGACUUGAAAUUCGUGAGCAAAGGGGAUGGAGGUCUCACUGAACUGAUAGAUGACUUUAACAGCGGCAAGAUACAGUAUGCGUUCCUCAAAGUUGACGUGCCCAACGGAAGCAUAUCGAAAUAUGUGCUUAUCAACUGGCAGGGUGAAGGAGCCCCCACAGUCCGGAAAGGCACCUGCGCUAACCACAUCAAGCAUGUGGCUCAGUUUUUCACCGGCUUCCACCUCACGAUGCACGCGAGAACAGAGGAUGACCUUGACGAGAAGGUUAUCCUGGACAAACUCUCUAAAGCUGGGUCGGCUUUUAACUUCAAGUCGAGUAGACCAGAAGAGCUGCCUCCUAGUGGUCCUGUAGGGACUGCGUAUCAGAAAGUGAAUCCAGUUCAAGAAAUAAACUCCAAAGAAAGAGACCAGUUUUGGAUGAAAGAAGAACAGGAAGAAAAGAAACGAGUUGAAGCCGAAAGGAAAAGGAGAGAAGAGGAGAAGAGGAAAGCUGAUGAGGAAGUCAGAAGACGAGAUGAGCUGGAAGCCGCGAGGAGAGCUAAAGCAGAACAAGAAAAACUAUCCCGGGCGGAGUCAGGACAAGCAGGCGCAGACGCAGAGGCAUUACGUCGCGCGCGCGCGUCCGAAGCGCGUCAGUUGUGCGCCGCCACGGCCGCCGCGCGCGCGCACUUUACGCAGAACUUGGCGCAAGGACAGCGAUCUACGCCCAAAUCCCCAUCGAGCGUCCCCGAGAAACCAAUCCGAAGUUCAGUGAUCGCGCAACGCAUCAACACGUUCUCCCAACAACACAACCCCUCCCCCCAACCCCCUUCACCCGCCAAACCCCCCCUCAAACUCGAACCGAAACCCCCCCAAGAAGAACCUCAAGAACAACCAAAGACAAGCCCCAUGAAGAACAUAGACAAAAUCAAGCUGAGCCUUGAAAGCCCUUCUCAGAUACAAUACGAGCCUAUAAUAGACCCUUCAGUGGACUUAAGUCCGAGUACCGAGACCGAACCGAGUUCGUUCAGUGCCAUCAACUACGCGGAGUGUAAAGACAACUCGUACAGAGACAUCGAGCCGGAUUUGAAGCAAAGCGAGCCGAUGAUCAAGCAGAAUAUUCUCGAGAAUGACAUGUUCGACGCGUCGUAUUCCAGUUCAAACGAGAACGAUGACGAUGAUAGCGACAAUAAGUUCAGUACGAUUAAGCGGUCGCCGUACAGUAAGAAUAAUAUCGCUGGGGAGAAUGAGAGAGAAUUGAGUAGGCAGAAUACGGUUAUAGAGAAUGUGAAUUAUAAGAAAGAGAAUGGAACGACGACGCUUGAUGACGUGUCGCCUGAGGGUUUGGAGGAGGAGGGCACGAUAUAUGAGGACUUGGACGAUGACCCUGGUCUGACGGCGAGGGCGCUGUAUGACUAUCAAGCUGCCGACGAGUCCGAGAUUACCUUCGAUCCUGGUGACAUAAUCACGCACAUUGAGCAAAUCGACGCAGGCUGGUGGCAAGGCCUCGGCCCCCAAGGCCUAUUCGGGCUCUUUCCAGCCAACUACGUCGAGUUACUACCUCACCCCCGCUAGCCGAUUUCCGCGGCAAUGCACAGCAAUAGUCGGCAACCAUAGCCGAUACGGUACUUACAAUAUAUACGACAAUGUCUGACAUUUCAACCGACAAUAGUCGGUAAUUGUACCCGUAAAUGCAUGGCGAUUAUAGCUGGCUGUGUACCCGGUAAGGUUUGGUAAAUAAUUAUGGCAAUUUUGACAAUUAUUUUCGUGCAAUGUUGGUUGUUAAGUGAUUGUAGAUGUAGUUCGGCUCAAGCAAACUGGCGCACUUUGAACCAAACUCUAAAAACAUGAAACUGUCUCUUAGAACUCUUUUUCUUUAAUUUUUAAAAUUUUUUUUGCGCCAGUUUGGUACAAAUAAGGCGGUACUACACGCGUAUUGUCUACGUACACAAUAGGCAACAUUCCAAGCGGGCUAUUGCCAAUGUAACUUGAGCCUAACGAUCGACUGCGAUAGUGUAUUAAGUAGUGCGAUUGUUUUCCAAUGUCACAUCAGUGAAUGUUACAGUCUCGCAUCGAUACGCUUUAAUUUUCGUGUUACACUGUUAUUAUCAACAAUAUUUUUACUUUUUUGUUGUCACAAAAAAAAUUGUCACACUAAAUAAUCACCAUCUAGAUAAUUUUCUGUAUCAAUGUUGUGAUUGUGACAUUGGGAAACACCAUAUAAUAUACGAAAUAGCGAAAGAAUAAUGUGUAAGUUAAACUUUUAGUAGUCGAUCAGACCCAACGUGAUUUUGGUCUAAUUCGUACUAAUUUGGAAACUUUUGAAAGCCUUUGGAUCCAGGCUAAAUUAGAUUUUAGCCAAUAUAAUCGAAUUAUUGGUAUUUAAACAUUACGAUAAAAUUGUAACCACUGAACGUAUGAAAUCGCGAGUUGUCUUUGUUUUGCCUGUGAGACUCGUUCUAAUAAUACGAAAUUAUCAAAACAGUUGAAGCUAGUCGCUACGAAAAGAAGUAUACUAUGGCUCUUAAAAUCUUGGUAUACAAUAUAAUCGAUGUAUUUAUAAACUGACAAGUAAUGGAAUAUUUUACGCGAUAUACUCAAGCUUUAUUCAAAUGAAAGUCAUAAUAAUAGACUCAAUUGCUAUGAUGAAAUGAGUUUGGGCGAAAACAAUAACGUUAUUGUUUGCUAGUAUAAUUAUUUAAUGUCAAUUCUAUUAGCAUUUUGGUUAUAGGAAUGUAGGUUUGACGAAGGCUAAGUCGAGGCCUAAACAAAACCAUUUGGUGUAAAAAUCCAUGAUGAAUUUAAAUAAUACCGUGCCAAAACUAUAAAUUAAUAUUUUCUGAAGGCGCACAACACUCAUAAAUAUCUUCCAAAGUUAUUGAAGUUUUGUGACUUAUAAAAUGCAUUUCUUUAACUCACUAUGCUGUUAUAAAUAUAUACUAUUACAUGUAACAUAACAUUUAGCUUUUUAUGUUAUGUUUGAUGAGUGUGAUAAGAAAUUAGUGUUGUGGACAGUUGGUUUUUAGUCAAGGGGAGUUAAGGCUCAAUUUACACGUAUUAAGUAACUAAAUUGUAACUUAAUUUUAAAUUAUUAAAUUGCAUGUAAACAUAUACUAAAUUCUUUUUACUAUAAAUCACUGAAAAUUAAGUAAAAUUUUAGUUACCUACUAACAAGUUAAUAUGUGUAAAUUAUCCUUUGGUUAUGUGACGUGUAAUUGAAGUAACGCAAUAGCUACGUAUGUCAAUGCCAACUGAAUUAUAAUAAAUGGGUGCAAGUUUCAUAAUUUAUUUUCACAAAAUAAAUGAUUAAUGAGCACUGCAUGCACUAAUUCACUUUUAAACUUGACAUGAUACCAUUGUUUCAUGAAAUACAUGCACAAUUUCACUUUUAAACUUGACAUGAUACCAUUGUAUCAUGAAAUAUUUUUCUUUUGUUAAUAAUUAACAAAGUAUUU